UUCCAACGGUUGUGUGGAGGAUCUGAGAUGCGAAGGCGUCUUUCGCUGGCGUGCGGCGUUGAGGCAUGUCUUUAAGAGAGUCUCCUUUCCCCAAUUUCUUCCUGGAAGGCCUCCAUGCCGUAGGAUGGGGUCUGAUCUUCCCUUGUUUCUGGUUCCUGGACCGUCUCCUCGCCGUCUGCAUCUCCACCAGUCUGGAGCGCAUGUGGCGGCGCGAGAUGGAGUGCUACCUCCACCCGCUUCAGGUCGUCUUCGGCUCCGUCCUCUUCUUCAUCCUGUUCGUAAUCUCCACGCCGUUCGCGCUGCUGGGGUUCAUGCUAUGGGCGCCGCUGCAGGCUGUACGCCGGCCGUUCGCGUAUUACCAUCAGGAGCAGAUCAUUCCCAUGGAGGAUCGCAAUGCUAGAUGGGAAGAAACGGGGAAAGUCAGUUUUGGGUUUUUGACGGGAAACCUGUGCCUGCUUCCCGACGGCGUUGCACGCUUUAACAACCUCGGGCACACGCAAAAACGCGCGGCAUACAUCGGUAAAAGCAUCGUCCAAGGCGUCACCCGCCCUCACAUCCGUAUUUUCGUCGAUUCUCCCAGCAGCUGUGGCACUGUUACGCCAUCAAGCAGUUUGAUUCCGCAACCACCGCCGUCUUCGUACGGAUCCAUAGACGUUUCCGCGACCAAUCAGAUGGAAGAUGUUCGCGAAACCGACGGCCUUCCCAAACCCAACUGCAAUCAGAACUCCAACCAGCACAAGCAUCCGCCUCGGACGCUCUUACAAGAUGCUGACGUACCGAUGGAAGUGUCCUCUCUGUUCCCGUCCUCCGUGGACGUCGUGUGUCUCCAGGAGGUUUUCGAUAAGAGAGCUGCUAUGAAACUCACGCGAGCUCUCGGUCCGCUCUAUGGACACGUGCUCUACGACGUCGGCGUCUACGCCUGCCAGCCUGCUGGAACGUGCUCGUCUUUUAAGUUUUUUAACAGUGGUUUGUUCCUGGCUAGUCGCUAUCCCGUGAUGGAGGCUGAGUAUCGCUGCUUUCCCAACGGACGAGGAGAAGACGCUCUGGCUGCCAAAGGACUGCUCACUGUAAAGGUGGAAAUUGGGUUACAAAAAGGUGAAAAGAAAAUGGUCGGGUAUAUUAACUGCACUCACCUGCACGCUCCUGAAGGGGACGGAGCGAUUCGCUUCGAGCAGCUGAACAUGUUGACCAAAUGGAUCAAUGAGUUCCAGGAAGUGACCAGACGAGAAGAUGAGAUGGUGAUGUUUGAUGUGCUCUGUGGAGACUUUAACUUUGACAACUGCUCUCCUGACGACAGGCUGGAGCAAAGCCACAGUGUGUUUGAGGACUAUACCGACCCCUGCAGAGCCGGAGCCGGGAGAGAGAAGCCCUGGGUCAUCGGAACCCUGUUGGAGCAGCCAACGCUCUACAUUGAGAACAUGAGGACACCAGACAACCUGCAGCGGACUCUGGAGACUGAAGAAGUGCGUAAGGACUAUAUUUCUCCUCCGGUGGCCGUUGAAGGUGUUCCUCUGGUCUAUCCUGAGCCUGAUCAGCCCUGGACGGGCCGCCGGAUCGAUUACCUCCUGUAUCGAGAGAGCUCUGUCUCCAGUCACCGCAAAACUGAGCUGGAGGAGUUCACGUAUGUGACGCAGCUGGCCGGACUGACGGAUCACGUUCCUCUGGCCUUCAGACUCUCCGUCUCUCUGGAUUCACAACAGUAACAUGGAAAGAUGUUUGCUUAUUAGUGCACCAGACUGAUGACACUUUAAUAUAUCCAUCAGAAAGCAAUGAAAUGCUUUAGACCAGGGGUGCACAUAAGUUUCAUAAGAAGAACCUGGAG